AUGUCCGCCCCUGAGCCCGCUUCCGCACCAGCUGCUUCCGCAGAGAAACCUCAGGAGCCACGCCGCACCGAGCUCGACGUCUCGAAGCUACAUGCCCUCCCGUCUGAACAGCAGGAUCUAUACCUUUUAACAUUCACAUCCGAACUUGUUCAACAUGUCUCUGCUCUCACAAAAGAGGAGCUCACAUUGGAGCAAGCUUCGUUGAAGCAAGAGCUCCUUAAAGUCAUCAACCUCAGCUCCCCCACUGUCACACGGGUGAUCCGCAACAAUCUUGGAAAGUGUUUCGGAAUAAUCCUAGGGAAAGGAGAUCGGAUCCCGCUGUACGAUACCGUCCUCGACCUCCUCACUAUACUCAAUGGCGGAAAGAGUGUAGAGCUCAAGACCAAGCUCGCUGCGGGGCACUGUCUAGGGGAGGUGUUUGCGGCUGCAGGAGAUAGUGCUUACUCUCACGCAAGUGCUGUUACGGCUGGUCUUUUCAAACUCCUUAAAUCUGGCAGUAAUCAUGCUGGUGUCCGGGGUUCGGUUUUCGCCGCACUUCGAAAGGUCGUCGGUGGCCUAGGUGGUCCGAUUGAAGAGCCCAUAGCACGAGAUAUAUGGAAACAUGCGCGCAAUGCGGCUUCUAGUGACAAGUCAACCAUCGUUCAGAUAAAUGCCUGCCGGUCUCUUGAACAACUUUUGGUUACAACCCAAUAUUUCGAUAAUCAGAAUGACAGUGAGACUCUCAAGACACUUGUCUGGAAGGUUCUCGACAGUCCAGUCGCACCAGUAAGACAUGCUGCCGCUUCAUGCCUGGCAAGAGCUCUUGUCAAGAGCUAUUCACCACAAAGCGGUGUCGAGUCAUCAGCGAAAUCGAAGAAAAGCAAACGACAGUCAAAAAAGCCGCCGCCAAAAGCAACCGAUGUAGACGAGGACGAGCCAGCGGAGGAAUCUCCAUCAACCAAAAAAGCCGAACCUCGAUUAUCAUUAUCACUUUCCGACAUUCUAGUACAGCUUUCUUCGCAAUAUGUGCGAAGCUCAACCGGCAAUCGGGCUAGGGCUGGUAUAGCUGUUUGUUAUAAAUAUGUUAUUCGAAACCUGGGAGAGAAUGUUGUCGAAGAGCGAUAUGGUCAGAUUGCUUCGCAUCUACUUAUCACCUUACUCAACCAUCCAACAGUCACAUACAAUCGCUUUCGGCUCCUGAUGACUCGAAAAUUUGUCAAGAAUAUCCUUGAAGAUACCCUUGGUCGUGAAAUCCUGCGAGAGAAUAGCCAAGUGAAUGCUGCAAAUUGGCUCAUCAAUUCCAUUUUGAAAGACUAUCCUCAAGUGAUCAAGGAAAGAAUUGAACCAAGCAAAUAUACUCUUGCAAGCACAUUGAGUGCUCUCUCUUCUUUGAUAUCAUCACUUGGUUCAGCUGUCACAACCUUGGCCGAUGCCUGUCGUGAAGCCCUUAUUCAGGUCCUUCCACAUCCCAGCUACACCGUCCAGAUACAAACAGCCCAGUGUUUGCGCAACUUCGUUCUUGCUUGCCCAAAUCAAUUGAUAUCUUGUGUCACAAUAUGCUCGAAUAGCUUGAACCGCGAGAUCGGUCAGCUGGCAACGCCACGAUCGUCAUCUCGCCGCUGCCUCGGAUUCGCGAAUGGUCUAUCUGCUAUGCUGGGAACUUCCCGCUUGCAACCUCUUUAUGGAUCUGUUGAUGUCUUUGCUCGUGUUCUCUCACAGGCAACAGAUUUGCUCAAGAACAGCGGCAGUUCUGAACUUCGAGUUGCAAGCACCCAAAUUCAAGUUGCGUGGAUUCUGAUUGGAGGCUUAAUGCCUCUCGGCCCUAGCUUUGUCAAGAUUCAUCUAUCGCAAUUGAUGCUUUUGUGGAAGAACGCUCUCCCGAAACCUCUAGGCAAGGCCAAUACCGCCGAACAAGGGCCUCUAGAAACGAGUUUCCUCGCCCAUGUGAGAGAAUGCGCAUUGGGCUCCAUGCUUUCUUUCCUUGAAUUCAACGCCAAACUAGUGACUGCGGACGGAGCUAGGCGAAUUGCUGCAAUGCUACAAAAUACCGUUGCCUUUUUAGAUGAAAUGACCUUACCAAAGACGGCGGAAGAUAUAUCACAACGCCUGUUUCCAUCUCUACAACUGCACGAUUUUGUGGUCAUGGUUCGACGCCGCGUGCUUCAAUGUUUUACGAAACUGGUCAAAAUCCAUCAUACCGGCCACGCAGAAAUAGUUUCUCAAUCCAGUCUCCUGAGCAUAGCCAUCUCCUCUUUCGCGGACCCCGAAAUUGUGCAUCCUAACCCUACUGAAGCCUCGAUUGUCGCCUCCACUGGCCAAUUUGAAAGCCUUUGGGAUUUGUGUGAUAAUUUCGGGUUUGGGGUCACGGGUUUGGCUCGAACGUAUGUCAAUGAAACACUUACUGGCAAACGUGCAGGAGGGUCCACUGCAUGGAACGCCAAUGAUUCUACUGAUCAAGAAAUUGAUGAUAUUCUCAACUUUCCUGUUUGUCAAGCGAGCGAACAUGACUCUGUUUUUCUCUACGGUUCGCGAGACGGGUUCUCGACUUUUUGCACUGACCCCCCCGUAACAGAAGCCGUAAAUGCUGCUAUUGAGCUCUUUGCGGUUGCUCUGCCUUUACAGACACCAAAGGUUCAAGAAAGCAGCGUUGAGCAGAUCGUUACGUUGUUGUCCUCUCAUAGCUUGCAAAGAAAUCCGGGCCGCAAGGUUGCAAUGACCAUCAACAUAGCUAUAGCUUUGUUACACACACUCAAAGUCGCAGUCAGAGAAACCAUUGCGCCCCCAGGGAAGCUAGAAGCGCCUACAGAAAAGAUUAUCCAAGAACUAUUGCAGCUAUUCGUCCUGGACCCUGAUGCCAUAAUUCGGACCAUCGGAUUUGAGGCGCUUGGGAGACUUUGUAACAGUGCUGGAAAUGCAUUCACAAACACCCAGAUCAACUGGCUCGUUGAUACUAUUGUGGCGAAUCGGGAACCAAGUGCAAGAGCAGGAUGCGCGGCAGCUCUAGGCUGCAUUCACUCGAGAGUUGGUGGCAUGGCUGCAGGAUUCCAUUUGAAGACAAUCGUCGGUGUUCUUAUGUCAUUAUGCAGUGACCCCCACCCGGUGGUGCAUUUUUGGGCGAUAGAUGGUUUGGAAAGAGUUGCAGAAUCAGCUGGACUGACAUUCUCUCCUUAUGCAUCGAGCUCAUUGGGCAUGCUUGCGCAGCUUUAUGUGGCGGAUACGCAUAAUGAGGAAGCAGCAUCCUUGGCCACCUCGAAUCUGGAAGUGAUCUUUCCUACACCUUUCGUCAUUAGCCGGACGGUGGAUUCCCUCAUCAAUGUCUUGGGGCCUGACCUGCAGGAUAUUGCAAAGACUCGCAAUCUCAUAUUGACUCUGGUCCGCCAGUUUCAACUGGAAGAGUCUCCGGCCAUGAACACACAGAGCUCCAGAUGUCUAGACCAUCUCACUUUAUACGCACCAUCAUACGUCGAUUUCACGGCAUUCGUUAAGCGUCUCCAUGCAGGACUAACGUCGAAGAGCUCGCUAAUGCGAGAGGCAGCGAUUCGUGGACUUGACAAUCUCAUGAAAAGAGGCGCUGAGGCUGUCAUAGGAUCCACGACUUCGACCUUGGAAGACGACAUCUGGCUUACCUUGGAUGAUUUCCCAGGAACUACAUCUCUCCGCAGCUUGAUUCGCAACUGGCUACAACAAAGCGGACUGUCUCAUACUCAACUCUGGAUUCAGCGUUUACACAACGUUCUUACCAAAACACGAGCAAAGAAAGAUGAACUUCCACCCAAAAAGCUUGCGCGAGCGGCUACCACUUCUGAAAUGCCGGAUGACGAAGUUGCGGGUUUCGCAUCUGCUGUUGCCGGUGGAGAUCAGGAAGAGGGGGAUAACAAUACCAAUUCCGGGCAAGAGUUGCUCAAAUGGCAGACUCGCAAUUUUGCAGUCAGCUGUCUUAGUGAGUUAUUGACUAUGGUCAAUGACAAGAUCCUUCCGGACCAGACUAUUCCUGCAGAAGUUGCUUUGCAACAGAAAAUCGGCGAUGUUGUCCGUAUGGCGUUUUCUGCUUCUACGGCAAAUGUAGUCGAGCUCAGAGUUUGGGGUUUGAAGAUUCUUGAUCAAGUUCUCAAGAUGUUUGGCAAAACUCCUGAUCCGGAUUUUCAAGAGGCGUCACUGCUCGAGCAAUACCAAGCGCAGAUUGGAUCAGCCCUAACCCCAGCAUUUGCAGCUGAUUCGUCUCCGGAUCUGGCUUCGGAAGCUAUUAACGUAUGCGGCACGUUUGUUGCUGCGGGCAUUGUGACAAAUGUCGAUCGAAUGGGCAGGAUAUUCCGACUGCUUGUUGUUGGCUUGGAGCAAUUCGCGAAUGACCCCAACAUCACUGAAAUUGGUGAUUUGAAAGGACUCAACUCGAAUGCACGAGUCAUGGUAAAGAUGGCACUAUUUUCGGCUUGGGCGCGACUGCAAAUGGCGAGCCUUGAACAACAGUACUUGGUCAAUGUUGUUCAGCCAUACACGGCGAUGCUCACGCCGUUGUGGCUUUCUUCACUUCAGGAGUUUGCUCGGUUACGGUUCGAACCAGAUAUUUCCGGAAGCCUUGGUGCUCCAUCAUCAGGGGAUCUUGAUGAAGUCUAUGCGGCAUUGAACAGAGAGACUUUGCUCAAUUACUACCAGGAUUCCUGGUUGAAUCUCGUCGAUGCCAUUGCAAGUCUUGUCGAAAAAGAUAGUGACUUUGUUUUCGAUGCAUUAGACAACAAAUCCAAGGCGCAGGGUGAAGAUGUCGAUGAAACCAAAACGAAUGGAGUUACGCCUUCCGGAAAAGGCGAUAGCAUCAACUACCGCGACGAACCUGUUGCCUUCUUUUUCGUGCUCUUUGGUCUCGCGUUUGAGGCUUUGGUCGAUCAAUCCAUAUCACCUUCGCAGCGAUUGGAGAUUCUUCAAGCCCUUGCGAAAAUCCUGAGGCCAUCUGUUGCGGGAAAUGCUAUUUAUCAAGAUGCAGUCUUUUCCGAGACAGUGGAUACUCUUGACCGAUUGGUUCUUACUGAAGGCCACAACAUUCAGACGGUCAUUGUCGAGAUGGCCAGAAAUUUGUCACUUGAUCAUCCUUCGGCAAAGGGUGGCCAAGAUCGUGCCGAGAACCUUUCCGACGAUAUCGAGCAGCUUUUCGAACUUACACGAAACAUCAUCCUCGUUCUGGCAGGUUUGCUCCCGAAUCUAGGUGACUCGAGCUCUCGCACUUUCAACGUUAGCUCGGAUGAGACUUUGACCCUGAUUCGUCUCGCACUAUCUGCUUUGGUCGAUGUUGCUGCAAUCUUCCCGGCAAUUAUACGACAUGAUCUUCAUGCUUGCAUACUACACAUCUUUAGUACUAUAUUAGCAACGGGCAUAUGUCAGGCUGAAGUUGUUCCACAUGCACUACCUAUCUUCCGCAGAUUCGUCCAAGGUAUGUCAUCGCAAGACACGCCGAUGAGUGAAGCAGUCUCACUGCAAGUACGGGGCUGCUUGACACGCUUCCUUAUGACACUCAGCAUUGCACAACGCCGAGAAUCAGAAACGUCUCUGCCAUGUGCGAAGAAUACUCUCCUCGCCAUGACGAUAGUACUCAGCACUAGCAGCCAUGUCAUUCCACCGCAAGAUCCUCUAAUUGCAAGGGUGCUCGAUGAAUACCUGGAUUGUCUGCAGGAUGUCGGCCUUGCCAGUGUUGCUGCGGGAUGUAUUCGCUCCGUGCUCCUGCGAAGUGGACCGUUAUCGACCACAGAUUCGGCCAUUGGCCGCUACCUCUUCCCUCGACUUAUUGCGUUUGUCGCGGGAAUACCAAACGAUCUAGGCGAGCCACCAAUCGACCCGGAAAACUCGCGAGCAGCAAUUUCCCAAACACUAGUUUUGUAUAUCAGCAAUCCCACUGCUUUCCCACCUGCCAAGCUCUCAACAGCAAUUCCCCUAGUCGUUUCGACUCUUCUUGCACGUGCCAAAAACGAAGGCACAGCAAUUUACCAAGAGAUGGCCGCUAGACUCUUGGAGAUUGGCAAACUGGACCCUGUGGUCUUCCGUACACUUGUGGCUAGUAUGGAUCCGGAGAGGAGGGCUCUUGUGGAGGACAUUCUUCUCAGCACUGGGGCCGGUUCUGCCGGUCAGGCUAGGGAUGCAGGGGCCCAGGAACAGAAGGCUGCGCCUAGUAUUGAAUUGCGUAUGGACUUUUAG